AAUUGUGUUCGUUGUUCUCCACGCUCACAACUACUACUUGUACUUCUCUACUCCUUGGUAUUAUUUUCUCUGGAAUAUGUCGCUGGCUGAUGCUCUCGUUCCCCCAACCAACCAUGUACCAAAAGUUGAGGAUUCUCAACCAGACGAACGGUGGGAAGUCACUGAUGUGAACAUGCAACCUCAAUCCGACCAUGCCGGAGAGGACACCGAAUCUGCACAAGCCCAUGACGAGGAUAUGCAGGAUCUGUUUGGUGAGGAUGCAGCGGCCGAGGAAACGAAGCACGAGGAUUCUGCCCCCUCGCCGGCCCCCUCAGACCAUGGGGAGGAGGGCCUUUCCGACACGGAGAGGCGGCACAGGGAAGCCAUGGAAUACGCCGAAGACGAUGAGGCAGAGCCUGUGGUUGAACAAGUUCUCGAAGCAAAUGCAGCCAUACCCAACAUACCGGUCCCGAGAAGCUCGGAUGGCAAGCACUGGGUCAUACGGAUGCCGAAUUUUGUCAAGGUCGAUUCGAAGCCCUUCCAUCCGGACACCUAUGUCGGACCGGAGCAGGAAGAUGAGGAGCUAACCGCUGAAUCAUUACGCGAAAAGAGUAUGUCUAUCAAGCUGAAAGUGGAGAAUACAGUUCGGUGGCGGUGGGUAAAGGACGAACACGCCCAAGACCGAAGACAAUCAAACGCGCGUGUCAUACGUUGGUCAGAUGGGACUAUGAGCCUGAAACUAGGCAAGGAGCUGUUUGAUAUUACGCAAACGAUAGACACAUCUGGUGCAGUUCAGCGGUCUUCCCUCGGAGGUUCUUCACAAUCUUCUCAAAGUCAAACACAACCUCCGCCUUCUACGCCACAGAAGACUCGACAAGGGCAAGGACUCACAUAUCUUGUUGCGCAGCAUAAGCGGGCCGGCAUUCUACAAUGUGAAGCCCUCAUUACCGGAUACAUGUCACUUCGUCCGACAGGCAUGCAAUCGGAGACCCACCGCAUGCUCGUACGGGCUGUCGGUCAGAAGCACAACAAAGUUGCUCGAUUGCGUAUGGCUCCAGAUCCCAUGAUGGACCCUGAACGCGAGAAAAUGGAACUUCUCAAAAUGGCGUCCAAGAAGUCAAGGAAGCCAAAAGGUGAUGAAGACGGUUUGGGCGGUGCACGACGCCGCAGACAAAGUUAUACUCGAAAACGUAGAAGUGAUGAUAUGUGGUCAGACGACGAAGAAGAGGAAAUCUUUGGAGCCGGCGGCUCCGAGGACGAGUUUGGUGGCGAAGAUAGGCGGAAACGGAGGAGACCCGCAGUAGAUGAAAAUGCCAGAAAAGGUCCUGGAGAAUACCAAACAGAUGACUUUUUAGUUUCAGAUACAGACGAAGACGGAGAUCACAACGAAUCCGACGAGGGCACUAGUCGACGACGGAAAACUCGUAAACACCGAGACGACGGCGUGGAGGAUGAGGACGACCUUGACAAAUUGGAUGCCAAAAUUGACCAACAGGAGGCUGAGGAACGGAAACGACGCCUCAAGGAAAUUGGCCCUGAGGCAGGAGCGGGCGCACCUUCUACUGAUGCGGUUCCUGCGCCUGACGCAGAACCUAUGGAUGUUGAAAGUGAGGAAGAAGAGGAAGACCUUGCUGUUCGUCGGGCCGGCAAUGUGGCUGGACCUAGGAAGAAGCGUGCGAUAGACGUGGAGGAAGAAGACGAAGAAUAGGGCUCCAAUACCCUAGUGCUUCAUGCAUUGCUUUCAAACACGCUGUCUUCUCUGUAUUGAUACUAGGUUACACUGAAUUCAUUUGUACAAUUGACAUGUUACCGCAUGGCUGGCUAUCUAUGCGAUACUUCUGGUCUAUCUGAAAGGACCCCAUGUUCAUCCCAUUCCCGGAGAGGCUGAAUCUCGUUCACUAGUGCCUGGUUUUCGGGGUUGUUUUCGAGUAAAUUGCGCAGGGCGAAUAUGGCAUGCUCCCGGAGAUCUGGAUAAGAAAAGGCCAUCGUCAGGCACAAAUAUAUGUCAAUUAAUGGAGAAGUCGAGGAAGAGAAGCAACGCGAAGUAAAUGUGUGUGAACACUUGUCAAA